AUGGAAGACCAAAAUAAUCCGAUAGCGAAAGGUCGUUUAAGCUCUUUUAUAUCGAGGACAAAUAGACCAUUUAUUGUUGGCCACCGAGGUGCUAGUGAUUCAUAUCCUGAAAACACUAUUUUAUCAAUUGAACAAGCGAUUGUUGAUGGUGCUGACGCAAUCGAAUUUGAUAUUCGGUUAACAUUAGAUGAUGAAAUAAUUAUACUACAUGAUACAUCAUUGGAUCGUAUAACAACAGGUAGUGGUGAAGUAUCAACCAAGAAUUUUCACGGAUAUAUUGAAUUCUUGACUACCAAGAAACCACCACAUUGUAAUAUUCCUAGGUUUCAAGAUAUUUUGGAGGUUUUCUCGAAGCAAAAAGAUUCCGAUAUUUGGGCAGUAAUUGAUGUAAAGUUAGAGAACUCACCUAGGAUUCUAAUGGUGCUUUCAGACCUUUUAAAACAACAUAAUUAUUUAAAUCGUUUUAAGGAUAGAUUUAUUUUAGGUAUUUGGCAUCCAAAAUUUUUGCCAAUUGCUAGACAGUACUUACCCGAAUUGCCUAUUGUACACAUUGGUCUUUCAUUGAAUAUUGCUAGAAAAUAUUUUUCUGAUGUUGACGGUUAUAAUAUUUUAUUCAUUCCUCUGUGCUAUAAUGAUGGUAAAAAUUUUAUUAAUGAUGCUCAUGAAUUAAGUAAACCAGUAUUUGCUUGGACGGUAAAUAGAGAAGAGCACGCAGAUGAUUGCAAUAACCAUAACGUAGAUGCUAUAAUGACUGAUGAGUUGAAAGGUUUUAUAAAUUAUUAUUACGGAUCUAGAGUGAAAAAAAAUAAUAGUUGGUGGCCAGCUUGGAGCAUUUAUUUGUUAUAUUCUCCACUAAAAUUUUUACUGGAAUAUCUGCAUAUUAGGGAAUUAAAGAAAUAUGGAGAAUUAGAUGUGUAA